CCCUCCCUUUGUGCAAAUCGAACACACACUAUAUAGACCCACUCUCUUACUCUCGUGCAACCGUAUCAGCGCUCCAGUUUCUCACCAACGACCACCACAUCUUGACCGCAAUCCAUUAUUGACUCGCACAACCAUGGCAUCUACACCGGACGGCAAACCAAGUGGUAUAUUGAAUCUUGCAUUCUUCAAAUGUGAUUCCCUGGAGAAGGAGUCUAUAGAGAAGCACGGAGAAUACCAAGACGUCAUUCACAAUCUAUUUGAACCGCUAUUACCUGAACACCUGAAGUUAGAGACCAAGUCGUACGAUGUGCUCGACAAGCGCGAGUAUCCGACGGACGACGAGUUGAAGGACAUCGAUGCAAUCAUCAUCUCCGGGUCAUUUGAGGAUGAUGCACAUGAAGACGCAAUCUGGAUCUUGAAAUUGGCCGGCUUCCUGAUAAAGAUUCAUGACGACUUCCCCCGCAUUCGCAUGAUUGGCAUUUGUUUCGGCCUUCAAGUACUAGCCCGUGCCUUUGGACCAUCGAAAAUAGAGCCUAACCCGAAAGGAUGGGAGGUCGGGAGUACCAAAGUUAAUCUGACGGACAUCGGGAGGAAGAUUGUCUGGGGUGAAGACGCUACCUCGCUUGAGGACGUCUCUGGACUGCCUGAUCAUGUCACGAUGCAACAAAUACACAGCGAUAUUGUAUCCAAGCUGCCGCCCAACUUCGAGCUCCUCGGAUCUUCUGAGAUCUGCCCUAUACAGGGCAUAGUCAGUUUUUACGAGGAGGGGAAAGAGACACCCGCUUUUACGCACUCCCACCAGUCCACGUUGCCAGCCGAGCCAUGGGCCCGGGUUCACAUCAUAGCCUUCCAAGGUCAUCCUGAAUGGCAUGAAGGGAUCAUCGAGCCGUUCAUAUCGGGAUACGAAUCGGAUGGGACGUUCACCACUGAAUUUGCUGAACAAGCGAGGAAGCAAACAAGGAAGGAGCACGACGGUGUCAGGGUCGGCAAGGUCUUGUUGAAGGUCUUGGGAGUUGCCUAG